CCGACCUGCUCCGCUUCAACCUCAGUGUGUUUGGAAUGAAACUAGCUAACAUGCUAACUUUCUGAUUAACGGAUUAAACACGGGAAAUUCGCACACCAAAAGUUUUGACAACUCGAGGAUUUUUUGAAAUAAUCUGCGCUGAAAUGAUGGGCAAGGCGGAGAAAGGUUGGGAUGAAGGCAGAAUUCCAGGGAUCGUCGCAUAAACCUGGUCAUCAUUAGCAUGAGAGAAAAGCUUUUUCAUCAACUCAGGGACCAGCGUGAGCAGUUGGGGUCUGUGUGCGUGAGUGACGGAGGCGAGUGACGGAGGCGAGUGACGGAGGCGAGUGACGGAGGUCAAGUGGUGAGAUUUCGGCGGCCGUCGGGCUUCGUGUCCAGACAGAGGAAGGUCAAAUGUCACGCGUCCUUACUCCUCCUCCUCCUCCUCCUCCCCCUCCUUCUCAGGGAGAGAUGAGCAGCGGCCCUGUGGCUGAGAGCUGGUGCUACACACAGGUAAAAGUAGUGAAAUUUUCCUACAUGUGGACCAUUAACAACUUCAGCUUCUGUCGAGAGGAGAUGGGUGAAGUACUGAAAAGCUCCACCUUCUCUUCAGGUCCCAGUGACAAAAUGAAAUGGUGCCUCAGAGUAAACCCAAAAGGUCUCGAUGAUGAAAGCAAAGACUACCUGUCACUGUAUCUUCUCCUGGUUAGCUGUCCAAAAAGUGAAGUGCGUGCAAAGUUUAAGUUUUCUUUACUCAACGCUAAGCGAGAAGAGACUAAAGCUAUGGAAAGCCAAAGAGCAUAUCGAUUCGUCCAAGGCAAAGACUGGGGCUUCAAAAAGUUUAUUAGAAGAGAUUUUCUUCUCGAUGAAGCAAAUGGCCUUCUUCCCGAUGACAAGCUCACUCUGUUCUGUGAGGUGAGUGUGGUGCAGGACUCUGUAAAUAUCUCAGGUCAAUCUAACACAAACGUGCUGAAAGUUCCUGAGUGCCAACUCUCAGAUGAUCUGGGAAAUCUGUGGGAGUGUUCACGCUUCACUGACUGCACACUGUGUGUGGGGGGGCAGGAGUUCAAGGCCCACAAAUCCAUUCUGGCAGCGAGAUCGCCGGUUUUUAACGCCAUGUUUGAACAUGAGAUGGAGGAGAGCAAGAAGAACCGGGUGGACAUCAGCGACGUCGAGCCGGAUGUCUUUAAAGAAAUGAUGGGGUUUAUAUACACGGGGAAAGCGCCAAAUCUGGAGAAAAUGGCCGACAGUUUGUUGGCAGCGGCCGAUAAAUAUGCUCUGGAGCGUUUAAAGGUGAUGUGCGAGGAGUCUCUGUGCAGCAGCCUGUGUGUGGAGAACGUAGCCGACACGCUCAUCCUCGCCGACCUGCACAGCGCCGAGCAGCUCAAAGCUCAAGCCAUCGAUUUUAUCAACAGGUGCAGCGUCCUCCGACAGCUGGGGUGCAAGGAUGGAAAAUACUGGAAUAGCAACCACGCCGCAGAUAUAAUGGAGACUCCGGGCUGGAAGGCAAUGAUCCAGUCUCAUCCGCACUUAGUGGCCGAGGCUUUCCGCGCUCUCGCCUCGGCUCAGUGCCCUCCGCUCGGCCUGCCUAGGAAGAGGCUCAAGCAGUCCUGAUCCCUCUCUCCAUCUCUCUCUCUCUCUCUCUCUCUCUAUCUCUCUUUAUCUAUUUCAGCUGGAAGGGAAUGGAGACAACGGGGAAAAACAUGAACUCGUACUGCUCUCACUGAGACAUCGCUUUCAGCUUCAGAUACACUCUCUCUCUCGUUUAGGUUAUUCUCUUCUUUUUUUUUUUUUUUAUCAUCCUCUUUCUGUUUUUUUUUCCUCCUUCUUACCACUAUCAUUUUCUCAUCCUCUUUCUCUCUUCCACACUCACUGGCAUUCACAGUCUCUCUUUUUUUUUUUUCUUCAUCUGUCUCUCUCUAUCUCCCUCUCUCUGAUCCUCUCUCUUUUUUCCUCACUGUAUCAUUCUCUUAUCCUCUUUCUCGCUUUCAUCAUUCAUUAGCAUUCCUUUUCUUUCUCUCUUUCCUCUGUCAUUGUUUCUCUCUUUGCCUCACUUUCUAUUUUUCUAUUUAUUGCUCUCUCUUUUUUUUCUCUUUGUUUGUCUUGCUUUUCUUUCUCCAUCUUAUCAGUCUCCUUUUCUCUUGUUUCAUUUUCUUCCUGUCAUUCUCUCUCUCUCUCUCUCUCUCUCCUUCUCUGAUUGUCGCAGACACACUCUUUCUCUGUCAUUCUCUUUCACUUUCUCUUUUUUUUCUUUCCUGUCAUUCUCUCACUUUCAUUUCCUCCCCAUAUCACUGUUCCUCUUUUCUUCUCUUUCAUUUUCACUUGCUUUCUUCUUCUACUUACUUUCCUUCUAAUCAUUCUUUCAUUUUCCUAUCGUUUUUUUUCUUUCUGCCUUUCAAUUCUGUUUUUUUUUUUUUUCUUAUCUUUUCUUUCUUGCGUUACCCCUCCCAGCUCUUUCACUUUUCUCAUGUGACUAUUUUUCUAUCUUUCUCUCUCUCUCGCUGUGUCUCUCUUUGGCACUUGGUCUAAAUCCAGAGACAAUAACGAGUGUGUGAACAUCAUCUCCUCCUUCUGUGAGAGGAAAAAGCCGUAACAAUUGUUCUAACCUUUCUCACACAAUAUGUUCAGUCUCAGAGCUUUAUUUUUUAUUUAUUUUUUUUUUCCCGCACACAUUCAUUCUCUCUCUCUCUCUCUCUCUCUCUGUGUCUUUAUCUUUCCUGUCCACUAUCUUUCUCUCUUUUCCACUCCGACUAAAACCAUCUUUUAACAAAAAUAUUUUCACAGACAUUUUGGCUGACUGAGAACCAGUCGAUGGACUCUGGGCUUUUUUUUUUCUUCCUCGUCAUCUCUGAUGGCCGUAAAAAAGAUCAGUGUUUCUUUAUCCUGUGCCUGCCUCGUCCCAAACAGACCAGGCCGUUCGUUCCUCCUCACCUUUUGCACUAGUUCCCCGCGUCCAGCCGUUGUUUUGAUACAACGUGUAAAAGGUUUGUUUAAAGCAGAAAAUGUUCUAAUGUUAUAUAAAUGUUUGGCCCGUUUUCGUGACUAGACAUUUGAGACGAUCAGUGAAACAGAUCAUGCCCCAUAUUGAUGGCACUAUUUCUAUGUAAAGGACUUACUUGACUUAUAUUUGAAAGGUAAAUACUUUAACGUUUUUGUGGGGGGGGGGAAAUGUAGUGUAAAGGACGUAUUAUCCGUAUGUUUCUACACUUACGUUACUUAUGUGACGCGACGUUACACUGUGAGAGAAAUGAGGGCUAAAAGUUUGCCAGUUUGGCUCAAAUUGAUACAAAAUGUACACAAAUAUAUCUUGAGGUAUUUUUCAGCCAGGCUUUUCCUUUAAUUUGGUCUCCUCUUUCACUAAAUGAGUCUUAAACACACACACAAAAAAAAAAAAAAGUUCCAGAAAUGAUCAUUAAUCCGUAACCCAACACACAGUGGUGCUUAAACAGUGCCAAUAUCUCACGAUAUCUAAAAACUAGUGAAUCCAUGAGGAAAUAAGAAAUGCAUCAGGUUAUUGACAAAUAAUUCAAUGAAAAAUGAGUCAUCCAAUAAGUUCUGGCACUGUUCUUUCAAAUGGAUGCUAUUUUAUUUUCUUCAUAAAAUCAGGAUCUCAAACAAGUCAGUUAUGGAUUUUCCUACUUUUUAUUGACGACUUUUAUAGACAGCUGAUUUAAUGCUUUAUGUUCACACCUGUGUAGCAACUGCUACGGUUGUUGCUUGUGGGCGUGGCCUGUCAGUGUGUUUUUUUUCCUGAUAUAUACAUACCUAAUUAAUUAAACAAAUGAGCACUAUUCAGUUGUUUGAUUUACUUGUUAAGUGCUCGACUUUGUACUAGCUUCAUCGCACUUGUUCAUCGUUCACUCACCAGAGAUACCAUUGAUUUUUUUUGUUUUAUUUUUUUGGCAAUGUCUCUAUACACAUUUAAUAAGAGGUCAAAUGGUAAAUGGGAACUAAUUGCAGGUAGAAACUGAAGUUUUGAGCAGGGAACUGAAGAAACAUCGGUCCACAUGCGCCAUAGGAUUGGCCCGAGGCAUCAGAUUUGGAUUUGUCACUCUUUACAGUGUCAUAUCUAAUUUUCAUAGAACUGAGAAAACCACAGUUUAAACGUUGCUGAAAUAGUGGCUCAUGUCACGCACGUACAUACACGUACACCUGCCUCUUUGUUCCUUGCUAGUGUGAACGUAGGGUGCGUGUUUAGAGAAAUAAAUAAUUUGCUAUGACAUCAUGGACUUGUAUCAUGGAGGAGUUGAUUUAUUGGACUUAUUGGACUUUGUGGCAUUUUUUAAAGAGAGUCCCCAGAACUUUGUAUCAUUGAUUUAUUCAGUCAUCCAGCAUGAUUUUACUCUGUGUAUCCAUAAUGUUCCAUCGUUCUUUGGACUUUGGCCCUUAAAGAACUGUAACCAGUUAAUAUCCUGUUCUCUGAACACUAAUUCUCAGAAAUAAUAACGCAUGUAUAAUCCUAACAGCGUUAAUUAAGACUAUAAUUAUCAGUGCAUCUCUCAGCCAGUAAGAACACACCAUUCAUGGCGCACUCUCAAUAUUGACAUGCUUUUUUUUUGUUUGUUUGUUUGUUUCCCGCCAGUCUGAUGAUGGUUUAUGUCAAGUUUCCUUUAAGUAACGUUAUUUACAGCAAAUUUCAUCAUCAAUACACCACAUGUAAUACUAACAGUUAGCACCAUCUCGAUUUAUUAACAUUUACUUAUUCCAUCCAUGACUACAAAUAAGUUUUCAUCAAGUAACACUGUAAUUAACAUUUUUAGUGGUUUACUGGCUGAAUAAUAUGUUCUGAUUUAUCAACAUCAUUCACAUGUCACUUAAUUUAUGCUCAUUUAUGCUAAUUUAUGCUGGCUGGAAUAAACUGCUUGUUAUAUAGUAGACUUUAACAUUACUUAUUGUGUAAUAAUACCGCAAUUGUAAACAAUAAGGCAAAUAAUGUUAAAGUAUCCCAGUAUUUGCCGUCCAGAAAUUUCCAGAAGAUUCUCAAAGAAAAACCAGUACUCCUAUACUUCACACCCCUCCUAUAUAUUCACACAUCUGUUAAACAGUGUGCCAGAACUUAAUCAACGACUCAGUUUAUUACCUGGAAGAUCUGGCCAGGAGUGGGAGGCCAAAUCACUGUAGGUUUUAGAGCUUACCUUUCUCUAAUCACCCUCUCCUCGAGUCCUUUACGAGCCGGGAUGUGUGUUUCCAGCAGGGAUUUGGUCCUCCUGGAUGUGAGAGAUCACACUCCGAUCUCCGACUCAGCAGAUACACGGUGCUGAGUAUCGAACAUUGGCGUUAUUGCACUGUGUGUUGGGAGAUUUACGUCAUAUUGUUUUGGUAUAUUUCUCUAGUACUGGUGUUCUGAUUGCAUUGGAGGCAUCUGUACGAUGUGUAAUGUUACAUUGGUUGAUUUGUUCUGUUUAAGGACUGUUUAAGAAGGUGUGUUGUCAUUAAAAAUGUUUUUUCAGCAUAAA